UUCAGACAUGAUAUUUUGAUUACUCCAUUACUUGAACUAUGGAACGCACGAGGAAAUUUUUCCGCUUGAAGAAUUCAUCGAAAGAUUCCGACUUGAGCUUUCACUGUUGCGGUAAACCGGAUGAUCUUCUUGAUGAGCCCCUAGAUUUCGUCAAUACCAAACGACAGCCAAGCGGACAGGCUGAACUCACAAAUCCGGAAACAAAGAUCAGUGAAAGACAUCUUGAUUCAAUGCUUGUGGCUACCCUCUGUAAUGAGCAUCGCUUGAUGAAGGAGAUGACAAGUAGUGAGGCACUCCAAUCAGCCUCCGGUCCCUCAGGCCGUCGGCCCCUCAAGUCUCUUCUCUUCCGGUCAACCGCUUCGUCCCCCAACCUGCAGCGAAAGUCACGAGUUCAACGAACGAAGCUUUGGGCUAAAAAGUACAUUGAACCUCGCAUCAAUGACAAGGCGUUUGCUUACGAGGAAAUGAAGUAUUAUACACGCCAGGAGGCAGACAAACCCCAGGAGGAUGCAGCUUCGAAGGAAGAUAUUGGCCCCAGACUUAGAUCGGCGCGGAGCAUGCCCAUGUUGAAUGAGGCUGCUUUCUCCAAUAUGCCAGCCAGUCAUCGGCGUCGGGCGAAGUGUCUAUCUUCGUUCUCUUUUUCAGGUCUAGACGCACUAGUUGGCAUGAAUUGUGAUCAAACCAAAGGCACUUCAUCAAAUGACAUGCCGUAUUCCCCCAUGGACGACUCCUACCCUCUCGAUAAUGCCACAACGCGGACCGACAGCGCCCAGAGCACCUCCUCCAAGCUGCAAACGUCUAUAUUUUCGAAAAACUCCAAAUUUUCCAGUUUCCUCUCGGCGGUCAGCUGGAAUAGCUUGCUUCGACAUCGACAAGAAAAAGACGGAUAGUUAGAUCGUCUAUGUUGUUUGGACACUCCUGAAGGCUAAGUUGACUUGAUCCAUCAAUACCUCCCGAUAAGACAUUUGUACCCAGCUCUUUUGUACCCUGCUCCAAUCACCACUCUAUGCCACCCUAUGAUUUUGUAGGCUCAUUGCCUCUCUGAAAACUUUUGUUGUGACCUUUACUUCUCUUCGAUCUGACCAAGCCUGAGCUCUUGUUAGUUUUAGUAAUCAGUUUCCGCAGAAAUUCACAUGGGCUUCAUUUUCAGUUCUUUUGGAGUG